AUGACGAAAUAUUUUCAUUUAGGUUUACCAAUAUUUCGAGAACCAGAAAAAUCAUUAUGGUCACCUCAAAAGCUGCAACGUGCUGUCAUUGUGAUUGUGGCUGCCUUUGCUGUCGUUGCUCUUGUGCUCUAUUUUUAUUUCUAUCGUAUCCUAUGGCCUCUCGUUGUUUAUCUUUAUUUUGGUUUUGCUGGUGUUGCUAUUGUUGCCUCCAUUUUUCUUUUUUAUGCUGCUGUUAUUUAUCCUCUUCUUGCUACUCUUUAUUAUCGUACUACUUAUAUACUUCGUGCUAUCCUUUGA